ACAGAGGCUGUUUAUCGCUGCAUGUAUAUGUAUAUAGCUUGUGCGACACAAGUAACUUAUUUCACUUUGUAACAUGGCACCCUCUGUUUCUCAUCUGUACCUUUAUGUACUGGGGAUAGUGAUGCUAGUGUCUAUAGUGCGCUGUGAUUUUAUAAAGUCACAUUUUGGAGCAUAUAUGCCUGGUGACAUUGUCCUUGGAAUUGUGGUAUCAGUUCAUUCUAAAGUACAAGACCUUGAAAAUCGGACAAGGCCAGGACCGUAUACAUGCAAAGACUUUGAUCAAAUACCAUUUGUGACAUCUUUAGUUGCAAUUCACACAAUUGAAGAGAUCAAUAAUUCAAGCUUCCUUCCUGGCAUUAAACUUGGAUAUCUGAUGUGUGAUGCUUGUGUAUAUGGUACCAAAGCUUUAGACUGUGUGGAGCGCAUGCUUGCAGUUAAUGAACCACCUGCUCGCCUCCCUGACUAUUCAAACUUCACUUCACCCAUAAAAGCAAUUUUGGGUGAAAGAUACUCAGAACUGUCGAUUCCUAUUGCCAAACUCCUUAGUCUCUACAUGAUUCCCCAGAUCAGUUGCACGUCUACCGCACCAGCACUGAGUGACAAAUUACGCUAUGCAUCAUUCUUUCGCGUUGUUCCAAGUGACUUGUACCAGACUAAGGCACUGGUAAAGCUCAUGAGCCAUUAUUCCUGGAACUGGGUUGGGGUGGUUACACUUGAUGAUGAAUAUGGUAGAGCAGUCCUUGAGAACUUUGUGCAGGAUGCACAGAAAGAGCAAGUGUGUCUCCAUUACCAGAAAAUCUUACCAAAUUACCUAGGUUCAGCAGAUAUAGAAGAAAGAAUAAUAAACAUAGCUGAUCAAAUUGAAUCCUCAAAUGCAACAGUUGUUAUGCUUAUUCUAAGACCAGAACUUGUGCAGAUGAUCUUUCAGGAGAUGAUCAUGAGAAACGUUAGUCGGGUCUGGAUUGCUAGCGAUGCCUGGUCCACAGCACGCUUCUUAAUGAAGAUGAAAGACAUUAACAAAGUGGGAGAGAUAUUUGGUUUUACCUUUAUAACUGGGGAUAUUCCUGGUUUUGAAGACUACAUGCAGAACAUUAGACCAAGUCCAGGGGCAAGGAAUGAUUUCAUCACAGAGUAUAAACAAAUGCGGUCAAACUGCACUCAGACUCAGCAAAUACAGAACCCAUUUCUUUUGUAUUGCAACAAUACAGAUGAUAGUUUCCUUCUUCACACUGUCGAUCUAACAGAGGCGUAUGGUCAGAGAGUGGCAGUUUAUGCCAUUGCUCAUGCCAUCAAGAAGCUUUUAAAAUGUGACGACACUUUCUGUUCUGAAGACACUAACUUUCUGCCUUGGAAGCUUAUAAGCAUUCUUCGUAACAUGAAAUUCACUGUGGACAACCAGACAUACUUCUUUAAUAAAGAAGGUGAUUUUGAAAAUGGUUAUGAUCUUAUCACGUGGAAGAAGGAUGGUGAUGAAAGAAUACUUGACGUUGUUGGGAAAUACAUUAUAAGCAGUAACAGUGUCACUGUCUACGAGCAAAAAAUCUCAUGGUUUAACAAUACGGUUCAUGAAUCCAGGUGUUCAAAGAGAUGUCCAGCAGGCACACACAAGAACAUAUUAAAUAUAACAUGCUGCUAUACCUGUAUCAGAUGUGCUGCUGGAGAAUAUUCUGACCAGGAGGAUCAACCAACCUGUACAAAAUGUCUAAAUGGAACGUCUCCUGCUGGUGCCACGGGAUGUGUGGAGUGGACUGUGGGGAUUUUGGAUUGGUCAGCACCGCAUUCUAUUGUGGUUCUAAUUGCAACAGCAAUAGGCAUUAUACUAUUAGUGGCCUCAAUUAUAUUUUUCAUUAAAUACAGACAACACCGAAUAGUGAGGGAGCUCUUCAUAUUUUUAUGUAUUAUGCAUGUAGGCCUGGCUGUAAGUUUUGGAAGUGUAAUAGCUUUUUUAGGCAAUCCAAGCCAUCAUCAGUGCAUGCUACAGCAGGCAAUGUACGGUCUUGGCUUCACUCUCACUGUGGCAUGCAUUCUGGUUAAGGCGUUUGGCUCAUUCAUAGCCUACCUGUCCUAUAACCCAAAUAGACAGCUUUACUUAAGCAGAUUUAAUAGGGCUUUUGUCAACAUUGCCAUCAUUACAGCUGUUCAAGGUCUCAUUUGCCUCUUCUGGUUUAUAUUUGAUCCUGUUUUUGUUAACAAAACACAAUCUAAAGACGAUCCAGUUAUUAUGGACUAUCUAUGUACUUAUGGGUCUAAGAUUGCUGGGUUUGCUGUGAUGCAUAUAUACAUUGCUGUUCUGGCUGUGUUAUGUUUCGUGUUCGCCUUCAAAGGGAGAGCGAAUGAGAAUGAGCCUAUAGUCUUCAGCAUGCUCUUUCAUUUGUUUGUCUGGCUUUGUUUUAUUCCAUUCUAUUUCCUAAUGGAAAAUAAGCGGCACAUUUUUCAACUCUCUGCCAUUAUGGUCUCCAACUACACAGUCAUGAUCUGUCACUUCAGCCCAAAAUGGUUCAGGAUCAUUUUUAGAAAUUAGAGAGGAGAAACCCCAAUUUCACUCUUUUGACUCUGCUGACAGGCAGAUGGACAGACGUUGCGUCCAUUAGGCAAAAUUUGUAGACCAAACAAAAAAGUUACAAAAAAGUACAUUACCUUAAAAAAAGAAUAUAUUUUAGUGGUAAUGCAAAAGUAGUAUUGUGAUAAAUAGUAUUUUCAUGCAUGUAACUAAUGAAUUAUAGAAGUCAAUACAGAAAUAUCUGCAUGGCUUUGUUCCCCAAAGAUUAUAUCAUUGCAAGAAAUUGAACUCCAUUGGAAAUAUUUGGUGUGAAUUGAAAAUGACAGUCUAUAUGAACAAAAAUAAGAAUGCGUGAAGUUUAUUGAAAUAAUGUGCAUUCAUUGACGCAAAUCUUACGAUUGCCCCAUAGUACCAUAGUACUUAAUCUCACAAUAUGAGUUUUUGAUAGAAAUUGUAGGAGUGGAGUAACUACCAUACCACUUGCAUCUGGUUAUCUUUAUGUGACAACCUCAUCCAAAUCAAUAAAGAGACAAAGUGAAAUUAAUGCAGCAAAAAGAGAAAAACUAAAUAGAAAUAGACAACAAAGACAGAAAGCAAGGAAGAAGGAAGCUAUGAAAAUAAACAAGAGGAAAUGGGGAAACUGUUGAAUGAAAUAAAGAAAUUGAAUAUCUGAUUAAAUUGUAAAGAAGAGAUCCAGAAGGAAGCUGGUUCAAAAACAGGAGGAACAGACAAUGUACCUAGACAGUUGGAUAAAGACUCAGUUUGCUGAAAGAAGAUUAUAGAAAUUGCUAUAAGUUUUCUUUGCCAUUUUAUAGAAUGUUUUCUUUACCUUUUAAAUGAUCUUAUGUAAUCUUUUUAUGCUCGGGAAAUGAUAUGAUGUUCAGCAGCAUGUUUAAAUGUCAAGACAGUGAGUGACAUUGAAACUUGAUCUGAUCAACCACUUGAUCAACCACAGCUUAAGCACACAUGGUAAGCAACGGCAAAUAUUUCCCCUUAUAUGGCUAUUUGCUUAGACCAAGAUGUAUUAAGAUGUUUUGAGAAGCAUGAUGGUGUUGAAGAGAGGAUGUUGCUGAGAAGCAUAACGUUGUUGAGAAGCAUAAUGACGUCAGGAAACUUACUAAUAAAUGGUAUAAAAAGGUUUUAGAACCAGUUAUUAGUGUGCAUUCAACUAGAGUCAAGCUUAGUGUGUUAUACUCAGUUAUUGCUAAUAGUGUGGGCAUCAGAGAACAAACGCAAACUUACACUUGGAGAGUGUUUCUUGGUUUGUUUUCAUCUUUGCAUUUUAAUUACUUUUACUUAUACUAAUACUGUUUGA